AUGAUGGAAUCCGGGGCUCCUGUUUGCCACACCUGUGGUGAGCAUGUGGGGUUGAAUGCCAAUGGAGAAGCCUUCGUGGCUUGCCAUGAGUGCAAUUUCCCCAUUUGCAAGACUUGCUUUGAGUAUGAGCUCAAGGAAGGUCGAAAAGUUUGCUUGCGUUGUGGUGCUCCAUUUGAUGAAAACCUGCUGGAUGACGCUGAAAAGGCCUCCGGCGACCGAUCCACAAUGGCUAAACACCUGAACAAUUCUCAGGAUGUUGGAAUUCAUGCAAGACAUAUCAGCAGUGUGUCCACGGUGGAUAGUGAAAUGACCGAAGACAAUGGAAAUCCGAUUUGGAAGAACAGGGUGGAAAGUUGGAAAGAAAAGAAGAACAAGAAGAAAAAGAGUUCAACAACUAAGGUUGAAAAAGAGGCUCAAGUUCCACCUGAGCAACAGAUGGAAGACAAACCGGCAGCGGAUGCUUCUCAGCCCCUCUCGACUAUAAUUCCAAUACCGAAAAGCAGGCUUUCACCGUACAGAACUGUGAUUGUUAUGCGAUUGGUCAUUCUGGGUCUUUUCUUCCAUUACCGAGUAACAAAUCCUGUUCACAGUGCUUUUCCUCUGUGGCUCACUUCAGUCAUAUGCGAAAUCUGGUUUGCCUUUUCCUGGGUGUUGGAUCAGUUUCCUAAGUGGUAUCCUAUUAACAGGGAAACAUACAUUGACAGGCUAUCUGCAAGGUAUGAAAGAGAAGGUGAACCUUCUGAGCUUGCGGCUGUGGACUUCUUCGUGAGUACAGUGGAUCCGUUGAAAGAACCUCCAUUGAUCACUGCCAAUACUGUGCUUUCCAUCCUUGCCCUGGACUACCCUGUGGAUAAGGUCUCUUGCUAUGUAUCUGAUGAUGGGGCUGCCAUGCUGACAUUUGAAUCUCUUGUAGAAACAGCUGACUUUGCUAGAAAGUGGGUUCCAUUCUGCAAAAAGUUUUCCAUUGAACCACGGGCACCCGAGUUUUACUUCUCGCAGAAAAUUGAUUACUUGAAGGAUAAAGUGCAGCCUUCUUUCGUAAAAGAACGUAGAGCCAUGAAAAGAGAUUAUGAAGAGUUCAAAAUUCGAAUUAAUGCUUUAGUUGCGAAGGCUCAGAAAACACCUGAGGAAGGAUGGACAAUGCAAGAUGGAACUCCUUGGCCAGGAAAUAACACGCGUGACCACCCUGGCAUGAUUCAAGUUUUCCUUGGAUAUAGUGGUGCCCGUGACAUUGAAGGAAAUGAACUUCCACGACUGGUUUAUGUCUCUAGAGAGAAGAGACCUGGCUACCAACACCACAAAAAAGCUGGUGCUGAAAAUGCUUUGAUUAGGGUGUCUGCAGUUCUAACAAAUGCUCCCUUCAUCCUCAAUCUUGAUUGUGACCACUACGUUAACAAUAGCAAGGCAGUUCGGGAAGCUAUGUGCUUCCUGAUGGACCCACAAGUUGGUCGAGAUGUAUGCUAUGUGCAGUUUCCUCAAAGAUUUGAUGGCAUAGAUAGGAGUGAUCGAUAUGCCAAUCGCAACACAGUCUUCUUUGAUGUUAACAUGAAAGGCCUCGAUGGAAUUCAAGGACCAGUUUAUGUGGGAACAGGUUGCGUUUUCAAUAGGCAAGCACUUUAUGGCUAUGGACCUCCUUCAAUGCCAAGCUUACCCAGGUCCUCUUCCUCAUCCUGCUCAUGGUGUGGCUGCUGCUCAUGUUGUUGCCCCGGCAAGAAGGCUCCGAAAGAUCCAUCAGAGCUUUACCGGGAUGCAAAACGGGAAGAACUUGAUGCUGCCAUCUUCAACCUUAGGGAGAUAGACAAUUAUGAUGAGUACGAAAGAUCAAUGCUGAUUUCUCAGAUGAGCUUUGAGAAAACUUUUGGCUUAUCUACUGUCUUCAUUGAAUCUACACUAAUGGAGAAUGGAGGAGUGGCUGAAUCUGCCAACCCUUCCACACUAAUCAAGGAAGCAAUUCAUGUCAUUAGCUGUGGCUAUGAAGAGAAGACUGAAUGGGGAAAAGAGAUUGGAUGGAUAUACGGUUCAGUCACUGAGGAUAUCUUAACUGGUUUCAAAAUGCACUGCCGAGGAUGGAGGUCAAUCUACUGCAUGCCCUUAAGGCCUGCAUUCAAAGGAUCUGCACCCAUCAAUCUGUCUGAUCGGUUGCACCAGGUUCUUCGAUGGGCUCUUGGAUCGGUGGAAAUUUUCCUGAGCAGGCACUGCCCUUUAUGGUAUGGAUUUGGAGGUGGCCGUCUUAAAUGGCUUCAAAGACUGGCAUAUGUCAACACCAUUGUCUAUCCAUUUACAUCACUUCCUCUCGUUGCUUACUGUUCACUGCCAGCAAUCUGUCUUCUCACAGGAAAAUUUAUCAUACCAACGCUCUCAAACCUAGCAAGCGUUCUGUUUCUGGGGCUUUUCCUUUCCAUUAUUGUGACUGCCGUGCUUGAGCUCCGAUGGAGUGGUGUCAGCAUCGAGGAGUUGUGGCGUAAUGAGCAGUUUUGGGUCAUUGGAGGUGUUUCAGCCCAUCUCUUUGCCGUCUUCCAAGGUUUCCUGAAGAUGCUGGCAGGUAUAGACACCAACUUUACUGUCACUGCCAAAGCAGCUGAUGACGCAGAUUUUGGUGAGCUCUACAUUGUCAAAUGGACAACACUUUUGAUACCCCCAACAACACUUCUCAUUGUCAACAUGGUUGGUGUUGUUGCUGGAUUCUCCGAUGCACUCAACAAAGGAUAUGAGGCUUGGGGGCCACUUUUUGGCAAAGUGUUCUUUUCCUUCUGGGUGAUCCUCCAUCUCUAUCCAUUCCUCAAAGGUCUCAUGGGUCGCCAAAACAGAACUCCCACCAUAGUUGUUCUAUGGUCAGUGCUGUUGGCUUCUGUCUUCUCUCUUGUUUGGGUCCGUAUCAACCCAUUUGUGAACACCGCUAAUAGCUCAACCGUGUCCCAGAGCUGCAUUUCCAUUGAUUGCUGAGUUAGAGUAAUUGCAAUUCUUUGAAUUCAAGACUUUUGGGAUGUUAUUAUGGUAAUAUUACCACCUGUCAAAAUGGAAUUGCAGUAACUGGACUGCAAAUAUGUCUAUUGACUAGGUUUUGAACUGUUUGUACCUAUCUUCUCUUCAGUGUGUAAGUUCUCGAGCAAUGCUGUGAGAUAUAUCAAUGUGAAGAUAGGUAUUACUAUUUCCCAACAACUGUUGAAACCAUUGAAAGAAAAAUGAAUGGAAUGUUUGUCCAUUUUCUAUGAUU